UUUAUUUUAGUGCCGCUUUAACUAUGGAUUGGUUACGGUUGCUAUUCUGUGCGGUUUUAGUGACACUGUGCGAGGCCGGGAACGAAACGGGAACUUUUACUUAUGAGAUGGUGGCAAAGUGCAAAGAACACAUAUGCAAACACGGGUACAAGUACGAAACGUUUUACAAAAUCGAUGCUGAAGACCGAGAACACGUGAAAUCUGACGCCAGCGUGGCACUGGAGAUGCAUAUCGCCAUCCUGGCAGCUAAUAAUGGACAUAUACUGCUUUCUACUAAAGCUAAUCCUACUGUGAAGGACCCGGUGUAUGAAAUAGUUGUUGGAGGAGGAGGCAACAAGUUCACGGAGCUGCGGCGUAACUUGAGACGAAACGGGAAGAUCUCGAAGCCGACCGUCGGAAUACUCUCCGCGAUAGAGUUCAGGCCAUUCUUCAUUAGAAUCACUACAGAUGGUGCCGUACAAUUCGGCAAAGAAGGCGAAGAGCCCUUCCUAGAUUAUCGCGAUAACAACCCGCUCGCCAUCCGGUACUUCAGUUUUGCUGCCUGGAGCGGAGUGGAAGCCAAGUUCUGCUACGAUUGUCCACCUGAAGGAACUAAUAGUUCAACUACAAAUUCCGAAGCAGUGGACCCUCUAAUGUCGAACGCUGACAAACUCAAGGCAGCUCUGCUUCAAGACCGCGCACCGCAUCUCCCGCCUUCGUCUCCAGUCAUAAUAAGGCUUGGCUUCAAGAUUACUAGCCUUAAGUACAGCCCAUUCACUUCCAAAAUGGUCACUGGAGUAGCAAUAGUAGCGAGUUGGGUGGAUGACAGCAUGGCAUGGAAUCCAGACAAGUUCAACAAUAUCACCAAGCUAACCUUCAGCGACGGACAAAUUUGGCGGCCCACGUUUUUCCUAUUCAAUUCCGAAGACCAAGGAUCCGUAGACAUUGACAACCCAGGUCCCAUCACGAUGGUGAACAGCGGAGAAGCGACCUACUACUUCCAGACUCAUCUCACCAGUUGGUGCUUCAAUUAUGCCAAAACUACCAAUAACUGGCCUCACGAUGACUAUCAUUGCUCUAUAGUCAUUGCUCCAUGGGAACCACAUGAGAAGAUCAUCCUAGAGCAAAUCAGUCAUGCGAACGAGAAGAUGGCUGUUUUUUCAGAAAGCAGCAAAGUAAUCCCUAACGAAUGGAACAUAGAAUGGAAGCAAGGAGUGGUUGAACCGUCUGCUUGGCACACCAUCUUCACUGCUAACGACAAUGACACCAACCAGAGUGAUCGGUUCCUGGUCAACAUUUCGUUGAGUAGACGAGCGACGGCGUUUAAUGUUGUGUUUUAUACACCGCUUUUGGUCCUCGUGCUGUUCGUGCUGAUGUCGUUCUGGAGUGAGCCACUCCAGAUGUCUCGCGUGUGGUUCUACGCUGGUUGCACCGUCGUCAUUUGUGUGGGACUGUGCUAUGUGGACUAUCUAGUGCCUAUACAUACCGUGCCUACUAUACUGGUCCUAUACGUGACCGUUUUGGGUGGUGUUCUGCUAGCGCUGUUACUUCAGGUGUUACUGAUGACAUCGACGGCAGAACGUCUCUGCCAGACCCACUUAGUGCAAUCACUUCUCCGCUCUAAGAUGUUUAGGAUUAUAUUCUUCUUGCCUCCUGUUAAGAGCGCUGAAAACUACGACAGAAUAAACGAAGCCUACUCUGGCGAAGAAGACGAAGUCACACCUCCCAGAAACGGAAACAUACCAGAAAUGGAGACAGAGACAGCUACACCAAGUGAAAGAGACGAAGUAGCAGCGGCGCUAGAUUGGUUCCUGUUUCUAGUCUACUCUCUUGUUAUAGCUGUUAUGUUGUCUAUGCAUUUUUAAACGGAUACCUGUGAUCUCUGAAUCUUUCAUCGUGCGUUUUAGAAUUCAUACCUAGAUAGUUAUUCUAGAUAAAAUAUGAAUUUUGAUGUAUGAUUUUAGCAUUUAAUAAAAAAAAUCUUGACUGCA